GCAUCUACAUUUGAUUUUUACCGACCACUACGGUCCGCAGCGGGCUCAUUCACCGCCUCGCUGCGGAUCCGCGAAGGACGGGCAGCUAGAACUAAUACCGCGUUGCAAUAGACGGCCUCCAAAAGACCGAGUCUCUCGUGCGCAGUCGUCGAUCCGAGAUUCGUCGAUCGAUUCUCUGGAGAACAGCGCCGCCGGCGAUUUAGGAAUGGCUGGUUAAGUCUGAUCGUAUCAACAUAUCCGCGUCUCGGUCAUUCCGAACCUGCACUGAGGCAAUGAGCGCACGGAUGCGAUUAUUCCUGCAGCAGAGGAUACCGCAUUCUAGGCCAGAUUGUUGUUCCGUUAAACAUCUGACUGCGGGAGUACCCUAAAUGGAGUCAGAUGGGUGACGCUGCGUGGAGAAGAACCCUGACGGAACGACCGAUAGACGGUGUCAAGCACAGCUACAUACCUGACGGGCGUGAAGGGCAACUCCGGGCCCUCCCAUGCCACAUUUGUGCGGCAAUCCAUGACCGGACAUACCUUGAGGCAGUCUAACAAAUAAGCGAUCGGUCGCCUCGCCUCGCCCCACCACUCCCCUCCUUCAUACUUCUCGUCCACACACUAUGCGACUGCUAUCCUGGCGAUUUUCCUUUCCCUCUCGUCCCCCGCUGUACCAGCGCCUCGACUUGGAGGACGGCACCGAACCCGCAAAGACUCCGGCCUUGCACAAACGCAGCUGUUCAAUCAUCUCCCUUCUUGGCUCCCUGCUAGCCUCCGUCGUGCUUCUUAUUCUUAUUCUCCUCCGCAUCGACACACGAUGGACCUACAGGUUAUCGCCAUCGUCGUCGUCUGAAACCACAUCGCAGUUAGCGGCCAGCCAGCGUCUCGCAGACGCCCUACCCUCCUUCCUUACCAGCAGCCCGAACUUUGCCUCGCGACAAUGGGCGCCCGCAUCGCUGAACACUUGCCCUCCUGGAACACCAUCCUACCUCGCCCCCUGUCUGGCACAGCGGCGAGAGGGCGCGGUAUACGGCGAGGAACUCAUCUACCCCGAUUUCCGCUUGCACGAGCCGCUCUUCGCGCCCAGCCGCGCCGAUGGCGAUCGGCCAGAAUGGCGCCGCAAGCUCGAUGGUAUCAUGGAGCGCGCGUCGUUCUGCAAGGACAAGCGCUGGGUGUGCUACCGGGGGCAGACCGGACAGAACGUCGUCCUCGCCAAUGCGACGUUCAAGGGCAACCCUCCCGCCGACCUCUGGGUCGACGACGCGUGCAUGAGCGACGGCGUGACGACUGCGGGCCUUGCGACUGCGCCCGCCGACGCCGCCAUCAACACGCUCGCGACCCAGGCGGAGUACGACGCCGCGUUUCCUGUGGACACAUUGCUGAUCGCGACCACUCCGGACUCGUGGUCCUUCCAGCAUUUCCUAGACCGAAUCACGCAUAUUGUGGCACAGGGCCACCACUUUACGUUCGGUGAAUCUGCGCCUGAGGUCGUCGCUGGCCGGCCACCCGGCGGCGCCGUUUCUGAGAUGUACGAUAUGCUUGGUCUCGGUGGCGGGAAGGUGCACUUCCGCUCGCCGCGCGUCGCAGCGAAGAAAGUCGUCUUCUCAUGCCGCUCCCCGCUCGUCCACCCAUGGCUGUCCCUCCGCUCGCUCGAGAUGUUCGGGCUGGACCCAGCCGGUAUCCCGAUCGACCGGAGAAAAAAGGUCGUGUAUAUCAGCCGCUCCCAUGGGUCGACGUCCAACAGCGGCCGGCGUGUGCGCAACGAGGACCAGAUGCUCGAGGGCGUGCGGGCUUUGCUGGCCAUGCGCGACCAGGGCGAGGAGCUCGUGCUGUUCCACGAGCUUGGCAUCUCGUCGCAGCCGCAGAUCAUGGCCUGGUUCCACGAAAACGUCCGUGCCGUAAUCGGGCCGCAUGGCGGUGGACUGUACCACCAUCGAUGGACCGGCCGCGACACCCUCUUGCUCGAGCUCAUGCCGCGCUCAUGGACAUCGCACAUGUUCUGGGAGGAGGCCGGGAUGCUCGGUCAGACAUAUGCGAAUAUCCUCCUCGAGCCCGUCAGAGAAAAAUCGACGGACAUGGAGGCCGAUAUUCCUGCCGUGCUCGAAAUCCUCUCCGCACAACUCGGGAAGCCGGAUGCUCGGGGCGUCGGGCUCGAGCGGCUGUACCGUUGGCAUGCCCCGGAGUUGCUCGCGGAUGAGCAGUGAUAUAUUGUGGGGGUUGUUAGGCCUUGGACGCUAAUUUCCGGUGCGGUUUAAUCUAGAUAGAAAAUGGACACUGGCUUGAGGCACAGUACUGUAGUGUAUCAUAAUGUAACCAUUAUCAUCUAACCUUUCAAAGCCGGGAUCGAACAUAGGCAACGCGUGGCCGUUAUGAAACGUCCUAGGAGAACAACUGAGUCCCUGUUGAGUUCCAUGGUGCCAUGUAGACA